AUGAGCGAUGACGGCAAUUGCGGCGACGGUGGAGUGGCCUUCGAUCAUGACGAUGCCUGGAAUGUAGAUGACGCUGAGCGAGGUGAUGCCAUCACGCCCCAUGAAAUUCACGUACGUGAAGUCAUUGCUCGUGAGCUGGAAGACGACGUGUUCAAGGCCGAAGAAGGUGAUGGCACGUACGACAUUCUCGACGGUAGCAUUUCCAAUGGUGCCAGCGAAGAGUACACAAUUGUGCAAGGCAAGUGUCCUAUCUGCCUAAAGCAGUUGACCGAUGGGGUGCUGAUCAAAGGCUGCUUGCACGAAUUCUGCUUUGAGUGCAUCUUGAUAUGGUCGAAGCAUGUCGCCCGUCGAGGUGCGUUGCCAUUGAAAUGCCCUGUGUGUCGAACCCCGUACGAAGCCGUGCUGGCGAACCUUCGCUCUGCCUACGACUACGACACUGUGAAUGUCUUGCAUGCUGCUUCGUCGACAUCCUUGCCCCAUGGCGUGAACUCGGCGCGGCGGAAGCGGUGUCUGGUCUACCGCCGACGGCACACGCAUGAGUCGUUGCCUUCCCUGUGGAGUCCCAUCCGAAAAACCAACGACCAAGCAAAAACGUGGAUCGACAGGGAACUGCAUGUCCUUAUGGGUGACGACGCCGAUACGUCGUUGCUCCUCCACAUUGUGUUUACGUAUGUCGACCUCGCGCGGCAGCAUCAGGACAACCGACCCAUGCCACCCUUGAAGCGUGCUCGAACAACUUCUUCUGAAACGGCACUCCAUCCCUUCGUCACCCUCCGCGACGCGUUGCGGGACUUUCUGCACGAUGAUGCCGACUUGUUUGUGCAUGAAGUCGCCAAGUUCAUGGCCAGUCGGCUCAAUAUGACCGCGUACGACAAGAACGAUGACUAUUCGAAUGGUUGUCCUGCUGUGAGUGAUGGAGGACGACGACAGUAG